AUGUUGUUGAAACAAAUGUUAUCUGAUCAGAUGGAUUUAUUGGCUACGAUCGAAGAUCCUCGCCAUACGCCAGGAAAGGAACACGAUUACGCUCGAGAACAACUCUUGCCAGGACAAGCAUUCCACAAAAACCGCAAGCAACCAUCCCUUCUCAGCAAUUUUAUCAUUACUCCACCGGUAGCCAAGCCAUCGAUAACAAAAUAUUUGUUCAUAAAAUUAAUUUUAUUCAUAAUUUUACGUCUUUUGUUGUACCUCGUACAUAGUAGAGAGCAGAAAUUGGAUCGCGACCGCAUUGUUGCUCCCAUCUUUUGGCCAUCUUCAAAAUCGGCUUUUAAAUCAUAUCAAAGUUUAUCAAGUGAGAAAUUGUCGCAAGUUCGCACAGAUCCUCCACAAAUUACUAGCGAAGUACAAAUCCCUCGCGAGGGAAUCCUGAAACCCAAGCCACGUCAUGUCGUAUCAAAUAACAAUAUAGGCACAUGCACGAAAGUACUGUAUAGUCCACAGCAAUCCAUAAGUAAUAAUAAACAUAAAGCUGAAGCAGAUGUAUCCAUCAGUGAGCUGAACAACACUAUACAGAAACAAGAAAUGGCCUAUUCUGAAUCUAAGAUUAGACGAGUGAAAUUUAUUAAGGAUUCAUCACCACGGCCACCAAUUGAAAAAGGUUUGGAUGACCCUUUGCGAUUGAAGAAGUUCAAAAGUAUUCUCAGUAGAUUCCAGAUGGCCAGUGACCACGUCUUACGACAACAAGAAGAACGAGAACGACGCAUGCGAUAUGGUACAAGCGGUUAUGAAUCAGAUCAAGGAUGCUACGCUGAACAUUUUGAUCAGACAGCUGAAUUUGCAUAUUUCGAACAAGAUUAUAGAGUUAAAAAAAAUAAACCUCGCCACUUACAAGCGUUGACGAUAUCUAUUCCAGCAGUUAGACGUGGUACUCGUCAUAGUUUGCCAAAACAAUGGAGCACACAAGUGAACACAACACACAUUGGUACUGACGUAGAAUCACCUUCGCCAACAAUGUCUGGCAUUUCAUCGAUUCCGCCAUCACCACCAAUAUCAUCAGCAACUUCAAUAUCUCAGAAGCCUCCAAAUAUGUUUGAAGUUAUGUCGCCAACACUCAUAAGUGCUGAUUCUAAAAAAAAUGAAACUUAUUUUGAUCUAGGAAACGAAAAGCAACAGCCGUUUCGUAGUACAGCUCUUCAACGUUAUGAAUCAGCGUUGGGUCAGCGUCGGUGUACACGUAGCAUAAGCAGACCGAGACCUGUUUUCGAGCAUGAAGAAGCACGAAAUUGUGAUGAUACGUCACAAUGUAGUCACGUGAUGCAAUUUGCUUCGACGAAAAGUUACAAUAAGUUAAAAUUGUCAAUGCAAACACCGUCUCAUUCUCCUCAGCUACCACCAUCAGAGCCGAGAAGUCCCAGCACUGCAAUUUCUGAAGACGAUUCAUCAUUGAUUGCUAAUCUUUACAAACAGAUGACUGGAAAUCACUUUGAGCUACUAGAAUAUGCUUCGUUACAUCUAUCGAAAUUUUUUCGCAACGGAAAUUUGACGAUAUCAAAAAGUAUUUUGCAAAGAUUGAAAUUGAAUGAUUUAGUGUUUGAAUCGCCUUCACCAGUAUUUACAAAAUAUUCUACGUAUUUUUUCAAUGCAUUUAUUCCACACGAUAAUUUUCUGACAUCUGCAGUUAGCGUGAUGGCUGAACCUGUAUUCAGAGAAUAUUACAGUCUACUAAAAUCGGAAUUAUCUGAUAGAAAGAUGUGGGAUCCACCAACUCUCGUUGAACUGAAAGUACAGGCAGAUGAGACUGAUUCAGCUUUACAGAUAGAUACAGGUUUACAGACUUAA